UGCCAGCGAGGCACGUUUUGAGGUCAGUGUUAUUUAUGAUGGUGGCAGGAUGAUCUUAUCUGCAGAUCUAGGAUCCAGGUUUCCACCCAAACGGUCGUUUUGUUUGAUUGAACACUCACCAUGAAGAUUUGUUUGUUUGUUCAGAGCAAGAUUGGAAUAUUGGGCCUACCAAAGUAUUAGUCCAAACAGCAAACUGAUAAACCAAGAGUGUAUGAAGAGUACCUUGGACCUGAUAGCCACAAUCUCAAUAUCGACCUCCUAUAAUCAGCUUUAAAAAAACUGAUUAGACACAACCCUAUUGUGUCAUUGUCUCAUCCUUUAGCGGCACGUAUCACACCACACAUCCAAGAAAUGGAAGCUGCACAGGGUAUAUUCACAAUAUUAAAGUGUGGACUCUGAAAUAUUCCCUGUUAAUGUUGAAACCAAAGGACAAAACACUUGUUGCAGGUUCUAUUUAAGUGUGGAAUUUGAAGGAGAGUGAAACACACAUAGCAUCAGGAUGUCUGUCAUUGAUCGCACUCAGCUGCAUCCUCGAUGGUAUUUUGGCGGCUUAGCCUCCGCUGGAGCCGCUUGCUUCACCCAUCCAUUAGACCUUAUUAAGGUUCAUCUGCAGACACAGCAGCAAGUGAAGUAUCGGGCAUCAGGGAUGGCCGUUUUCAUUGUACGCAAUAAAGGUGUCCUAGCGCUGUACAAUGGACUUAGUGCUUCCAUAUGUAGACAGAUGAGUUACUCGUUAACAAGAUUUGCGUUGUAUGAAGGUUUGAAGGAUCGGUUGAUGGCCGAUGAUCCUACCCAUAAACCUCUUCCAUUUUAUAAGAAGGCUCUACUUGCUGCAGGAUCAGGUGCCUGUGGUGGGUUAGUGGGUGCCCCUGCAGAUAUGAUCAAUGUAAGAAUGCAGAAUGAUAUCAAAGUCUCUCCAGAUAAACAGAGAAAUUACAAGCAUGCAUUUGAUGGCCUGUGGAAAGUGUAUAAACAUGAGGGAUUCCGAAGUCUUUAUAACGGAGCCUCGAUGGCUAUCAUUAGAGCAGUCUUCAUGACUGUCGGACAGCUGUCGCUGUACGAUCAGUUCAAGCAGAUUCUAAUAAGCACAGGGAUGUUCUCGGACAACAUGUUUACUCAUUUUACUUCAAGCUUCAUGGCGGGUUUUUGUGCAACUGGUAUGACCCAGCCCAUGGAUGUAUUAAAGACAAGGCUGAUGAACGCACCAGCAGGCCAGUAUAAGAACAUUUUGGACUGUGUCUGGCAGACUGCCAAAGUUGGCCCUCUAGGGUUCUACAAAGGGUUUGUUCCGGCUUUCGUUCGUCUCGCACCACAGACUAUCCUCACCUUCAUGUUCUUUGAACAACUCCGUAUGAAAUUUGGGUUUGAAAGUUACGAUAAGAAUAAAAGGUAGUAUUGUGUAUAAAUCAACCCAUAUCGGGGUAUGGUGUUUGUUUUUAUACUAGCUGGUCAAUUAGCCACAAGGAAGCAGAUACUUCGAUCAAAAAAGCUACAUGAAAGAAUGAGUUUGGGGUUGAACAAAGAAAAAUUUACUUUAGUGGGACUCGAACCAACGACCUCCGGAUUAUUGUGUCGGCACU